AUGGGGCAAGCGAACCGGAAGAAUGUUCAAAAAGCAGACAAACUGGUGCAAACCGAAGACGUAGCAACCGGGAGCGCGGAGGAUGUGGCCCAGAAGAAGCCGCGGUCGACUGAGCUGCGCGGUUGGCUGAAGGGGUUUCCGAUCAAGAUCAUUUCCGAGAGUACGCAGACGCAGAAUCCUCCCCGCCAAUCCCUCGACGACCAAAUAUACGAAGUUCGUGAGCGUGCAUGGCCUACGCUUGUGAGAUUCAAAGUACCUGGGAUCAACCGGGAGCGAGUGGGCUUCUUCAUCUCCAACGACGGGUACUUCGUGACAGAGUUAACCCCACAGUUCUCGCACGUUGAGGAGGCCACUGAUGCGUUCGACAGGCGGCUUGAAGUCGAACACGUGGAGGACAUGUCGUGUCACGUAAAUGUAUCGGUGCUCAAGGUGAAGAGAGCCACCAGAACGCCCUUCUUACGGCCUCUACCCGAUACUGGCUACGCCAUGGUCCCAGAAGAAGAAGAACAAGGGAGGCUGUGA